UUUUCUUUAUAUUUCAAAUUAGUUAAGCAAAUAUUUUAUUUUCGGAGGAAAGGAAUGGGGGGGGGGGGAUAAAAAAUAUAUCAGACUUUGAUAGAGUGUUUCUACAAAAAUAUCAUUCAAUGUCUGAAUUUUUGUAUCACAAUUUCUAAAAUCAAAUAGUACACAAAUCGAAUGUAACUUUUGAAAUACGAAAUAAAGUGUGGGUCACAUGAUUUAAAAAAGAAGUAAGAAGUACAAUGUAUAAAAUUUCAUGAAUAUAUUAGAUAAUUACAAAUGCCUAAAAUCGCAAUAUUUCAACUUCCUAUUUAUAUUUUUGUAUACUUUAAUCUUUCAUUUACAUGUAACAUUUGAAUUAUAAAAGAUUUCUUGAAGUUAAGAUAGUUUUGUGAAACGGUUCUGUCGUAUCUUAUGACUGUCAUAAAUCUGAUCUUAAGAUAGUUUUGUGAAACCCGGCCUGCAAUAGCGCAUGGAUACCAUGCAGGUGCGUAGGAGGAGUAAGCAUCCCCUGUCGACCGGUCACAUCCGUCGUAAGCCAUCUACCAUCUAUGGUCACAUCCUUUUCCCUGUUGAAAAUUUUCUUCACUUACCCGAUAUAUUUCGUAUUAGCGAAAUCAAAGUGAUUAUAGUAACCACAAUGAUAAAGAGCGGUUGAGUGAAAUCUAGAUGGUUACUUAAAAUACCCACGCCCCAAGUACAACAUUGUUAGAUAUCUCGUUCGUUGACACAUUCAUGAAUGUGAUCAUUAUCCAUAUUGAAAUAUUUGUAUAUACAUGUAUGCACAAUUGACAUGAACUGUUUAAAGGAGAUUUAUCAGUAAUAAGGUGAAAGUUGAGACUUUCCAUUCUAAAAAAAGUUAGCUAUAUGGCGAUUCAGUAAAAAAUCUGAGAAGUUGGAAAUCCGGAAAAAAAAUAUCAAGAACAUUUGAGUAUUACAGUAAAAUUGUUACUUCCUUGUGUGAGUGGUGCUGACUUAAAACGUAUAAACAAAAUAUUUUCUAGCAAUACAAUAUUCAUGUUGAUAGAGAUUGGAAGGCUUACGAAAAUCCGAUAUCCUGUCAUACAUACGACUCAUAGGGUGUGUUAUGAUUAGAUGGUUAUGUUGAUGAUCGAGUGGAAUAAUGGCGGCAAUCAUUUCUGGGACAGUUCUGGCUUCCUUGUUCUACGACCACUCUGAUGUGGAAGGAGAAUUGGAAGGCUUGCUGUUUGGAAAAGUAACCCAAAGAGUAAAAGAUACAAUCAGUGAUUCACAGAUCAACAAUUACAGAGUGGAAACAAAAACAUAUAUAUACUCCUACUAUAAAGGUGACAAAACUAAGAAGUUUUAUGACCGAGCUUGUCGUAUUGACACCCAGCUGAUACGUGCAGUGACACCAGAAGGGUCUCAGGUGAUCGGCUGGUUCAGGUUCAGACACAACACCUCGCCUUACCCCUCUCUGAGAGAACAGAACAUCCAUGAGAACUUCCUGACUGUUCUCCCCACAGAACAGGAAGGAAACUUUGUCUUUCUACUCUGCACGGGAUCACCAAAUGAGAAUUUGGCAACUCACAACUUUGACUUUGAUGUCUUGAAAUGCAGUAAAAGUUCUAGGGACUUUAUUCCUGUUCCUCUGACAGUGCUAAAUCUAGGGGACACAACCCACUCGGAGUAUAAAUAUGAGUGCACUGCCACAGGAUAUGAUGGGUUCGGGAGAUUGCCUAAAAUCAUAAAUAAACACAAACCGAUGUUAUUAGGUGAUAAUGAACAGCCUAAUGAAGUGGUCAAAAUUAUGAAAUUUGCGGAAGAUUUACAGUCACAGCUGGGGGGACUAACUAGCCUUGUAGUGGCUAGUGAGGUGAAACUUCAUUGUCUACAAGAGGAGAUCCAGAGGAAACAGAAAAUGUUGAAAGACAUACUAGAUAGCAAAAGGAAGACGGAGGCAGCAGUGGAGGCAGAAAAAGACAAUAGAUUAGGACAAGCAAAGGCAAAAUAUGAACAAAAGAAGAAAGAGAAGGCCACCACAUCUCACAAUGUCAGACUGCCUAGCGAUUCAUCUCACUCCAGGAAACUCAGCAAUAAUGAAGACAGUCAACCUGAGCAUAGCUCCACCCCUCACUACUCUCGCAAAUUGAGCACAAACUAUGAUUUUAUGUCAAUGGACACAACAGAGGCUAAUUUACCCGAGGAAAGUUCUCUGAAGGAUGUGACUGAAGAUCAAAUGAUGGAUUUGAAACCAGAUCACACUGCAGUCACACAGCAGACAGACACACAGCAGACAGACACACAGGACAGUAUAUUUGAAUCAUCCACAAGUGAUAAAUCAGAGAGCUCCGAGACUAAGUCACUAGAAACGCCUUCAAAUCCAGCUCACAAAAGAAAUCCCUCUGAUCCAUUCAGUUUUGUGGAAGGAUAUUUGGCUCAAGAGAAAUCAGCAAUACAGAAAGGACAAUCUUCCAAGAAGUCAAGUAAAGGGGAGAUUAAUCAUGUCCCCAAGGACACAUCUCAAUUAACAAGUGCAAUAAACUUAGAUGAAACGAGAAGUGGUAGAAAUACUACAAAAAACAAGCCAGCACAAAUAGUCAGUGACACUGCAAAUCAAAGGAUCACCAGGGGUCAAAGGUCAAGAUCACGAGAGAAUAAAGUCGGUCAAGAUAACAGUUUGCCCAUCAACAGAAAUAACGAUAGUGGAUUGCAUGGUAAUUGUGCAAUGGAGGCCAAUGUGGAUGUGACAGUUGUGAGCAGCGAUUCCUCAGAAGAGGGGAUGGGCCGGCGAGCCAAGGAGGAAGGCUUCGAAGUCUCCUCUUCCCCAGUGUAUUGAUAUGAAGAUGCUUCAUGCCAUUGAGAUUUGUUGGUGCUUGUAAUGUCGUACAAAUGUUAACAGUUAUAGACAGCCAAACUCGGUAACAGUAUUUAAUAUUUAGUUUUCAUCUUAAUGAUGGAUGGGAACUAUGUAUUCCAAAUUCUGAAUUUAUGCUGAUGCUUUAGAACAAAACUGUCUGAUAUUGUUGGUCUCUGUGGAAAUCUAUUUUGUGUCUUAAGAUAUUAUUUUAGGCUACCUCCUCGUACCAAUCUUUCUUACUGGAAAUUCAAAUAUAUGAACAUAAAUAUUUUGUGACAUGUCAACUAAUAUAAUAUGGUGUUUUUUUCUUGUGUAUUUACAGCAUUUUUGAACAAUUUUGAUUUUUAAAAGAUUAAAGGAAAUUGAUUUAACAUUUUUGAUAAAAUCAUACAUGUAAAUUAACUUUGAUAGUAUUUAACUAGAUUUUGAGAAAAUAAAAUGCACUGAGAAACUAUUUUCUGUAGCCAACUGAUGCAAGUGAUUAUGUACCAGUUAAAUUGCUUUGUUUUGUUAUAUAUGUAAGGUAAACAAUGUUUUAAACCUAUUUCAAAGUUCAAUUAAAAUUAAAUACAAAAAGA